AUGGCAACUCACGAACAAAAAGAAUCUACAUCCUCCCGCUCCGUUCUCGACCCCACUACCAGUACCCAAGAAAAGUCCUCCAAAGACGCUGCACCCCUCCGCGCCCUCGACCACCAAUCCGAACGCGAGAUAUCCCAAAAUGAAAAGCCAGCCACUAUUCACAUCGGCACACGCAAAUCCGCACUCGCCAUGGUGCAAACCGAGCAAGUAAAAGCUGCGCUCGAAAAAGCUCAUCCCCAUUUAAACUUCGAGAUUACCAAGUUGGAAACGAUGGGCGACAAGAAUCAAGUAACUGCUCUGCAUGAUUUCGGCGCAAAGAGUUUAUGGACGCAUGAACUUGAGGCUUUAUUAUUGGACAGGAAGUUAGAUAUUGUGGUUCACUGUCUUAAAGAUAUGCCGACGCAGUUACCAACCAAAUGUAUAAUUGGUGCAAUUCUUGAACGAGAGGAUCCUCGGGAUGCGUUGAUAAUGAAGGCAGGAAGCAACUACAAGAGCUUGUCAGAGCUACCAGCAGGAAGCGUUGUGGGAACGAGUAGUGUGAGAAGAAGCGCGCAGAUAGCUAGGAAGUACCCCGAGUUGAAGUUUGAGAACGCGAGAGGCAACAUUGGAACUAGAUUGAACAAGUUGGACGCGGAUGAUGGGAAGUAUUCCUGUUUGAUUUUAGCGGCGGCGGGUUUGUUGAGAAUGGGUUGGGGAGAGAGGAUCACGCAGUAUCUGGAUAGUAAAACAGAGGGUGGCGGUAUGUUGCAUGCUGUGGGACAAGGUGCACUAGCUUUGGAGGUCAGAGAUGGCGAUGAAGAAAUCAGCACGAUGAUCUCUGCGUUACAACAUGAACCGACUCAAUUGGCAGGGUUGGCAGAACGAAGUUUGAUGAGAACUCUGGAGGGUGGAUGCAGUGUGCCAAUCGGGGUUGAGACGACCUGGAUCGAAAAGGGGAAAUUGUUAAUGAAGGCUAUCGUUGUCAGUCUUGAUGGCACAGAGAGUGUGGAAUCAGAAAGGCUGGAGGAGAUCCUAACACCAAAAGAUGCUGAUGAGUUUGGAUGGUCUCUUGCUCAAGAUUUGGUUAGCAAGGGUGCUGCCAAAAUACUGGAGGCCAUCAACCUCAAUCGACCUGUCAUUAAGGAGGGUGGUAAUGCAUAG